AUGUCUGCUCUUAUCGCAACAUCUCCUGACCUGUUGGUGUCUGAGUUCCCUGACCAGUCGACAUCCAAGUUUCCUGACCAGCCAGCCUCCAAAUUCCCUGACCCACCAGCCUUCAAGUUCCCUGACCUGCCAGCCUCCGAAUUCCGUGACCAGCUGGCCUUUCUUCAGACCUGCCUGUGGUCUCAGUGUCUCCAGACCUGCCCACAGCCUCACCAGCCUCCCAGCAACACGCUCCAGCGCUGGCCUCCCAGCAACAUGCUCUUGUGCCAUUAUUGGCAUCAUGUGCCACAUCCUUUUCCUGUGCUGGAUGACCGUCCUUUCAAGUUCCAGGCUCAGCCAGCCACCCAGCCUUUCCAGUUCUCUGCCCUGCCGACCGCCCCAAAACCUUCAGACAUUUCCAGUUAUAUUGUAGGAAAAGCUAUUUGUGCAGAGACAGAGGAUGAACAGGGUGUGAAUGUGAGCGAUACUGCUGUGAGUGUUCUGAACAGCAGCCUGACCACAGUCUUCGUCCCUCUCGUUUACAUCUUCAUCUUCAUUGUGGGGUUGCCCACCAACACCAUGGCCGUCUGGGUGUUCCUCUUCAGAACGAAGAAGAAGCAUCCAGGGUCCAUCCUAAUGGCCAAUCUAGCGCUGUCUGACCUGCUGUUCAUCAUGUGGCUCCCACUGAAGAUCGCCUACCACUUCAACGGCAACGACUGGGCCUUUGGGGAGCCACUGUGUAAAGUUCUAGUGGGGUUUUUCUAUGGGAAUACAUACUGCUCCACUAUCUUCAUAGCAUGCAUCAGUGCCCAGCGCUACUGGACGAUUGUGCACCCACUUUCUCAGAAACUGAAUAACCAGGUAAUAGUGUGUAUAUGUGUUUGUGUGUGGAUUGUAGUCUGGGUCCUCACUGUACCGCUCUACCUGUAUAACCAGACUGUUAAAAUCCUCAAUCUCAACAUAACCACCUGCCACGAUGUCAAUCGCCGCAAUCAAACACAUUUCCCUGUUGGAUAUUUCCUGACCAUGGGCACUGUGGGAUAUGGAGUUCCCUGUGUGGUCUGUAUAGUGUCCUACCUGCUGACCUUUCGCUCCCUCAGCAGGUCCGUAAUGGAUACCAGCGGCAAAAAGAAGAAAAAGAAGGCUAUAAUCCUCAUGAUUACUGUGCUGGUGAUGUUCCUGGUCUGCUUCACUCCCAGUAACAUCAUGCUGAUGGUGCAUUACUCUCUGCUGGGUGUAGAGCAUCAGAAUUAUGUCUAUUUUAUCUACAUGGUUGCUCUGUGUCUGGGCAGCCUGAACAGCUGCCUGGACCCGUUUGUGUAUUAUUUUAUCUCGGAGGAGUUCAGAGAUCAUUUGAUGAACUCGCUGAUGUGCCGUAGUGAACGUACAACCAAACAGAUGAUGGUUUCCUCCAGACCUUUAAAGGUCACAGGAGAAAUUCCAAUGUUUCCAACAAACACAACAACAUCUACCGUGGAACAUCCAAUCGAAGAUUCUCUGAAUGCAGCACAAGAUUAG